AUGACUUCAAGCAUGGAUAGACAGCUCUGGGAGCUGGUAAACAACUUCUUUUUGAAGGCAUCGCUGUUGGUUUGUCAGUCGAAGCAUUAUAAAGGACAGCCGAGUACGGAGGUCGCCACAACCACAAAUAAUUGGUUCAACAUCGAAUCCCUGGGGAUGAAAGAAUUGGAGAAGGAGAUGGGUCCCUGGACUUCAUUUGAUGGGACAAGUAAUGUACCACCUCUGGUUAUAGAAACAUUUUUGGACUUGACACAUUUGAGCCCGUCGCAGUCCAUCAUAUUGAAAGAUCAGGAUGGAAACCCUUGGAAUGUCUGCAAAGGCACAAAGAAGUCGGAAAUCAUGCUAGAGCGGUGGCUCGUACAACUGGAGAAUGGUGCUGACGAAAGCGAUGUUAAACGUAAAAGCGAAGCAGGGACUGGUUCCGAGACAGGGAUCUUUGGCCCUGAGACCGGCUCCAGUCACGAGGCCCAAUCUGAUAUCCAGGAGAUAUAUCGUCAACUGGUCUUGUUAUUCCGGUAUCUUCACACGCUAGUAGGUCUGCUGCCGGCAAGCGAACUACACAUGCGGCUGUCGAAGCCCGUUACCAGCUCAGGGAUGUCCUCGCCAGUCUUUGUUGGAGCUAGGAUUUUGGAUGGGUCCAAGCCGAUUGUGUCGAAGGGCCGAAUUGGGCUCAGUAAAUCUUUGAUUGCUUCUUAUUCGAAUGCUAUCAAUGAAACGAACUUGCCGGCUCAUUUGGAGCAAAGAAAAAUUACACCGAUCCGAACGAAAUAUGGAUCGUUGAGGAUAUCUGUAUCUUACAGGCGGGACGCAGACUUCUAUGUUAACGAUAAUGACGAAUACUAUGCGAAUCAAUUUGGCAAUUUCACUUCAGAUUCCCGCCCAGCGCGCUCUCAUGCCUUGUCUGCGCCCAAUUCGUCACUGAAGAAAAUCGAGCAACGGUCAAUGUCAGUUUCACCUAACACAAACAUCAGUCCCAAUGCUUUAAUGGAGCCAUCACCUCACAAAAAGAUCCUUGCACCAAAUCGUCAACUUCAACCCUUCAAGGCUGGUUCGGUAGGAAGUGGAUCCAUCCCUCAAGUCAUUCAGGGUAAUAGCAUAAGUCGAAAUGCCUCAGGCUCCUCUGUUGUCGCUACUCUCAGGGCGCAAAGGUCCAGUAUUGGUUCUAUGACGACCAACACGAACCCUCUACAUGAUUCACAUAUGGAGCCCUCUAGUAUCGGGAGCGGAAGUCUAUCAAAGUAUUCCUCGUCAUUUGGCCGCCUGCGUCGCCACUCAAGUGUAAGGAGGUCCGAUAGCAUCGAACGCACUCAAAGGCCAGUUAAAUUGACAGAAUCUCCUUCGGGCGAUUUGGUGGAGUUCAUGAAACUUUUGGAUGAACCCAAAGAAUUAAAAUCGAAGCGGACCGACAGGGGUACUAGGGCUGACAUGACCAGUUCCUUAUUAAAAUUUCAGGGAAUGAAAGCAAUUAACAAUAAUUUGAGUACAGAUCUCUCUAUGUCCAUGUCAAUGGAGCGACCACAGGCUGGUCAGCCAAGGAACAGGUCGAAUUCUCACUCUCCCAAUUCCUCUUUUUCACCAUCCAUCCAUUACUCAUCGAUUCCGACGAGACUAUCACAAAGCCGCUCAAAUUCAUAUCGCAAUGAUGGUACUGGUACUGAUGAAUAUUUUAGCAGACGUAGUUCUGCUGAUAGACCAAAAUCAGUCGUUUACAAUCUCAAUGAAAGCGUCAACGACACACACAAGUCUCUGUUGCGCGGAAGUUCGGUUAAUGAGGACGAGGACGAGGACGAGGACGAGGAUGAUGAUUUAUUAGCAGGGAAAUCCACAUACAAUAACUCAAAUCCUAUCAACAGGAAUCGAUCAACCUCACCGGGCUCAAUGCGUAGUGUAUCCAGUUCUUUCUCGAAGCAACUCCCAUUCAAGUCGGUCGCCAACUUUUCGGUGCCAACAACAAUGGCAACACCUGCACAUGCGAAACUACACAAGGCUGUGGUGGCCUCCUCACCAGAGUCCCAUGGCGCUGGCAAUAGUGGCCAAAGAAAGGACGACUCCAUGAAUCAUGGAGAGGAGGAUGACGAACUUUUGUUUUUUAUGAGCGACAUGAAUCUGUCAAAAUGA